AUGAAGUACAUAGUAGAGCAUAUGGAAGAAGGAUUUUCUGAAUGGGUCAUAUUAGAAUAUUCACAAAUAAUACGAGACGUUGGAAAAGAAAAUCUUAUAUUAACAUCAUUACCAUCAACAACUACAGAAAAAGAUAUCCCUAAAAGACUAUUAGAUAUGGGAUUACAAUGGACUACAAAAGAAUGUAUAGAUUUGGAAUUUGAUGGGAAAAUUAUCAAUCGAGAUGAAAUUGCAUUACUUGAUCCAGCUGCUACAACAGAUUUAAUACCUGAAGAUAAAUCCAAAAUUGAAUAUUUUCUUCUAGCUGGAGUAUUAGGAGAACAUCCAAGAAAAGAUAGAACAGGAAUAUUACGUGAAAAAUAUAAAUUUUUAGGUAGAAGAUUAGGAAAUUUACAAAUGACUACUGAUAGUGCUGUAAGAACUGCACAAAGGAUAAUUGAUGGUACAAAAUUUGAAGAUAUAAAAUUUUUGGAUUAUCCAGAAAUAAAAUAUAAUAAAUAUGAAUCUACUGAAAUGCCAUUUAGAUACAUUGUUGAUGAUAAUAAUGAACCUAUUUUACCUGAAGGAAUGUUGGAAUUGAUUAGAAAAGAUGCAGAUCAAAGUAUUGAUGAUUUAUUAAUAGAUGAAUAA